GUCGCACAUGUGACGUCACAGAGCUGAGCCUGAAUCGCGAGAAGGCGCACGGUAACGCUCGUCAGAUCCUGUCCAAGUUCCGACAGAUGGAGGAAGAUGCGCAUAAGGAAGACCUGCCGGACGGCCCGCGCCCGCUCAAGUCGUUCACGCCACCGCCAGGAGCCGGCCGAGCCAGAGGACGCGGCUGAGGACAGCGAGGAGGAGCCGGAGGACCCCGACAUCAUCCGUGCCAGUCACAAGGUGCCCGACGAGUUUCUCAACAAGCGCACGGACCAGGCUCGCUCGCUGCGGGACAAGUUCGAGAGCUGGGGCCCGCCGGCCGGCCGCGACGACAAGUUCACCGUGGAGGACGAUUGUCGGCCCAGUCUCGAGAUCACGCGCAGUCUGCGCGCCAAGUUUGAGUCGCUGAACGAGCCGCAGAAGCCGGCUGAGAAGACCGCAGCACCGGGCCAGCCGCUUCAUCGCGGCCGGCGCCGCUUGCGUGCUGGGCUUUGCGCUGUAUUGCCUGGCACUGGUCGUCUUCUGAGGAGCAGCGGGCCGGGCUGCCAGCGUGAACGCCGCACGCCGCUCCCAUGGAGCCGAAUCAGGCGGCUGUAG